AUGCCAGAAUACCUGCCGGUGAAGCAAAUCCCAUCGGCCCCUGGCCAUCAUGGUAAUCUCAAUGAAGAUCAGAAAAGCAAGCUGUCCUACAUGUGGGACUUGAUUUUCUCCGUGCUGAAGGAUCCCGAGAUGGCCAAACAAGGUCAUUUCGCUCCUGGUGACGAAAUCGCAUCGCACGAUGCGCACCUCAGCAAGGAAGACAAGGCAAAAGAGGCCAAGUCGCUCCAUGAAGAAGCUGAGGCGCUGAAGCAGCUUUUCAAGACACAUGGUGUGGACGAGUUCUAUGAGCAGCUUUGGUUCCUCUUUGGUCCCGACAUUCCGGAUAUGAUUCUGCUCAAGUUCCUUCGCGCGCGUAAGUGGAACGUGCAUCGUGCGUUUGCCAUGCUUUGCAAGUGUGUCAAAUGGCGCAUUGAGUCCAAAGUCAUGGAGUUGGUGAUCAAGGGUGACCUGGGUCUCGGCAAAGAAGAUGAGAAGUACGGCCUUCAGGGACCUGCAGCGAAGACGUUUGCAGCUGGUAUGACGGACAACCUUAUGCCUAUUAUCUACAUUCAUGUCGCGCGUCACAUUGCCAAGAUGCAGUCCGCUGAAACGAUGACCAAGUUUGUCAUUUCGAGCGCUGAGUCCUUCCGUUGCCUGGUAACCUACCCGAACGAUAAGGUUGUGAUCGUUUUUGACUUGACGGGCUUUGGUAUGAAGAACAUGGACUGGCACUCGCUUACGACGAUCAUGUCCAUCUUGGAGGCAUACUACCCGGAAACGCUCUCGAAGCUCUACAUUCACGCUGCUCCAUGGAUUUUCCAGGGUAUCUGGAAGGCACUCUCGCCCAUGCUUGACCCGAAUGUGCGUGCCAAGAUUGACUUUACUGGCAAGCCUGGCGAUCUUGAUUUGAUUCCUCUGAAUCGUCUUGAGGAAAAGCUGGGUGGUAAGCUGGUUGACCCUAUGGAAUGGACCCCGCCACAGCCGGGUGAGAAGAGCGGUAUGCCUCGCAACGACCCCACGUUUCAGAAAGCGUGGUCGGAGUACAUGUCCCAGGCUAAGAACUACGAAGAAAUCACGAGGAAGUGGAUCGCCACGGACGGCCAGGAUGAUCAGUUGUACGCCCAGCGUGACCUGGCUGCAAAGAAGACGCGUUUGGCCUGGUUGGAAAACGAUGAGAUUUUCCGUGGCCGUACGAUGUACCACCGUGCUGGUAUCAUUACGUCGGACUUUUUGUUCGACUGGACGUACAAGCAGAAGGAUGGCUCCGUUAUCAAGCACCAAGUUGGCGCUGCUCACACCAUUUCUGCCCUGAAGAAGGAAGUCGGUGGACGUGAUGGUGCCAAGCCAACCUCGUCGCAGUCGCAGCGCAGGAAGGCUACGGCUAGUCAGAACGACGACCACACGGGCGCUAUUGCUGGUGGAGCUGCGGCGGGUGGCGCUGUAGCGGCAGGCGCUGCGGGCGCUGCAGCGGAGAGCCGCUCGCGUCACCGCUCCUCUGAUGUGCCGUCACGUCGCACUUCGCGUGGACCGGACGGUACCGUGCAGCGCCAGCGCUCUCAGCGCGCUUCGCGUGAUCAGCCACGGGAGUCGGCACCACGGCAUCGUACCUCUCAGCCGCCUAUCGAAGAAGCGCCUCAGCGUCGCCGCGUUCGCCAGCCCGUCGAGGAGUCGCGUCCACGCCGCUCGCGCCAGGCUGUGGAAGCGCCGACGACCCGUUCGCGCUCUGCGAAGACUGGAGCAGCGGCCGGUGCUGGCGCGGCUGUUGCUGGCGGAGUGGGUGCUGCUGCAGCAAGCCGCCAUGCCGGCCGUAGCCAUGCGAACCAACCGGACCUGUCGUACCUCGACAACCGCGCUCGCUCGCAGCAGAGCUCUACGGCCUCGUCGAUUCGUUCAGUGAUGAGUGACGACGAAUUCGUUGAUGCCGACGACUUUUUGGACCAUGAGGAAGACCUGCCCCGCGGCUCCAUGGCAGCCCUCGGUGCCUCGUCGCGCGGCGCUUCUCGUGGCUCCUCGCGUCACCCCAUGACAGCAGCGCCGACAUCGUCGCGCGCUACGCGUUCGUCAGCGGCACCGACAUCGCGCUCACGCAACGGCACUGUGGCUGGUGGUGCCGCAGCGGCGCCUUUGUCUCAUCGCCGUCGUCCUGCCCAGGAUGAGGACGAGUACGAUGACGAUGAGUACGACGAUGAGGAGUACGAUGAGGACGAGUACGAUGAUGAUUUGAUCGAGGAGGAUGAGGAAGAAGAGGGCGACUAUGACGAGGAGUUUGAGGACGAAGAAGGGUACGAGGAGGAGCAGUCGGCGUAUGGCGCUGGCGGUAUGGCGGCUGGUGGUCGGCACCGCCCAUCAGCGAGUGCUGCACGCGGAAGCUCGGGCCGCGGUACUACGGCCGGCCGUCGUCGUCCCCGCCCUGAGGCCGAGAACGAUGCUCACCUUGCCGGCUUCCCCAACCUCGCGAAGCCUGACGCUCAUGAUACGAUUGCUGAGAACAACGAGAAGAUGCGUGAGCCUAUUGAUCCGAUGGCCAACAAGAAGAAGCCCAGUCUGCUCUCUCGCUUGAACUGCUUCAAGACAAAGAACGUAAAUUAA